GGUUGCUAGGCAACGUCCCGCCGCCAGGGGGCAGUAGCGGUUCCUCCAGACUCUCGACGACUUACCCGCGCUGCUGGCGGAAACACAGACGAGACUAAAAAAGCAGGAGCACCAUGAGUCUGGACGUGAAGAAGCUGAAGGUGAACGAGCUGAAGGAUGAGCUCCAGCGGCGCGGCCUGGACACCAGAGGCCUGAAGGCGGAUCUGGUGGAGCGGCUGAAGGCGGCGCUGGAGGUGGAGGAGCAGGAGGACUCCCCGGAGCUGGGGGAGCCGGGGGACCACGACCUCCAAGACCUGCAGGACCUCCAGGAACAUGAAGACAACCAAGAUGAUACCCCAGAGCAGGAGCCACCAGAAGAAGCGAGUGACGACGAUGUUGACGACGACAUUGCACUUCAAGAGGAAGACGAGGGCAGAGAUUCGGGUGGCUACUAUGAGGACGAGGAGGCAGAAGGCGAGAGCUUCGAAGUUCAACCAACUAAAGCCGCGGAUCAAGCCAUGCCUGACUUCACGGCGGAUGACGAUAUAAAUGAAUCAACUAAGGAGCCUGAAGAGGCAACCAAACCACAGCCGAAGGUGGAGGAGAAUGAAGCGACCAAACAAGAAAUAAAGGUGGAAGUCAAAACGGAAGACGGCUAUGAGCCCGCCGGGGACAGAGAGCAGGAAACUCCGGGGACGGAGCAGCAGCGUGGGGAGGAUGCUACAGGUCAGGCUGAGCAAGUCAAAUCAGAAUCUGACAAAGGCGGAAACGUCAGUCGCAAGAGGCCGUAUGAGGAGAACAGAGGCUACGGCUAUUACGAGCACCGCGAGGAGAAGAGAUCCAGAACACCACAGCCUCCUGCUGAAGAUGAGGAGGAGAAUAUUGAUGACACUCUUGUGACGAUUGACACGUACAACUGCGAUUUGCAUUUCAAAGUGUCCCGGGAUCGCUACAGCGGUUAUCCACUGACCAUCGAAGGCUUUGCUUAUCUGUGGGCCGGAGCCAGAGCAAGCCACGGUGUCACCGGAGGCCGCGUGUGCUACGAGAUGAAGAUCAACGAGGAAAUCCCCGUGAAGCACCUGCCCAGCAGCGAGCCUGAUCCCCAUGUGGUCCGAAUCGGCUGGUCCCUCAACCACUGCAGCACUCAGCUCGGAGAGGAGGCCUUCUCCUUCGGAUAUGGAGGGACGGGAAAGAAAUCCUCCGACUGCAAGUUUGCAGACUUCGGCGAGAAGUUUGGAGAAAAUGACGUCAUCGGCUGCUACAUUGACUUUGACAGCGGCGACGAGGUGGAGAUGGGCUACUCCAAGAACGGAGUGCAGCUGGGAGUGGCGUUCCGGACCACCAAGGAGGCGCUGGCCGGACGCGCCCUGUUCCCUCACGUGCUGGUCAAGAACUGCGCGGUGGAGUUCAACUUCGGCCAGCGGCGGGAGCCUUUCUUCCCCCCACAAGAGGGCUACACCUUCAUCCACGAUCUCAGCUUGGAGGACAAGAUCCGAGGCACAAAGGGGCCCGUCAGCAAAGCCGAGUGUGAGAUCUUGAUGAUGGUCGGCCUCCCCGCCUGUGGAAAGACCACAUGGGCCAGCAAACACGCGGCGUCCAAUCCCGAUAAAAAGUACAACAUCCUGGGCACAAACGCCAUCAUGGACAAGAUGAAGGUGAUGGGUCUGCGCCGCCAGAAGAACUACGCCGGGCGCUGGGAUGUUCUGAUCCAGCAGGCCACCCAGUGUCUGAACAGGCUGAUCGAGAUCGCUGCCCGGAAGAGACGCAACUACAUCCUGGAUCAGACAAAUGUAUAUGGAUCAGCAAGGAGACGAAAAAUGCGUCCUUUUGAAGGUUUUCAACGCAAGGCUAUUGUAAUUUGUCCCACGGACGAGGAUUUUAAAGAACGAACAUUAAAGCAAACCAAUGAGCAGGGGAAGGAUGUGCCCGAUCAUGCUGUUUUAGAAAUGAAAGCCAACUUCACUCUCCCCGAGCCCUGCGACUUCCUGGAGGCCGUGACGUUCGUGGAUCUGCAGAGCGAGGAGGCGGAGAAGCUGCUGAAGCAGUACAACGAGGAGGGCCACAAGGCCGGCCCGCCCCCCGACAAGCGCUUCGACAGCCGGCCGGGCGGUUUCCGCGGCCGUGGUGGUAGCAGCAGCGGCGGCGGCAGCUACCAGCGCUACGACAACCGGGACGGGAACCGCGGCGGCUACCAGAGCCGCAGCAGCGACGGGGGCAGCGGCGGCUACAGAGGAGGCUACAACCGCGGCGGAUACAGCCAGAACCGGUGGGGCAACAGCUACCGCGACAGCGGGUCCGACUCCCGCGGCAGCUACAACCGCAACCAGCAAUCAGGGGGAAGCUACAACCGCCCGGUUCCCUACAACAAGGGCGGGUACAACCAGCAGCAGGGCUACAGCCAGAGCUACAACCAGGGCUACAACCAGGGCAACUACAACCAGAGUUACUACGGCAACUACAGUCAGUACCCAGGAUACAGCCAGACCCAGAGCUACAGCCAGCCGGCCGCCGCCGCACAGACGUACAACCACCACCAGCAACAGCCGGCCCAGCCGGCGCAGCAGCAGCCGCAGCAGCAGCAGCAGCAGACGCAGAGCUACAACCAGCAGUAUCAGCAGUAUGCUCAGCAGUGGCAGCAGUACUACCAGAACCAGAACCAGUGGAACCAGUAUUACAGCCAGUACGGCAGCUACCCUGGCCAGGGCAGCCAAGGCUCCUCCGGGUCCCAGUAACGGGCCCGGGCCCGGCCCGGGCCCCGCGGACCCCCAGUGUCCCCCAGCACUCGGGUCCACUUUUGUACAGUCUCACGUUGCGUCAGCGAUCAUCCCGUCUGGUCCCACGUCGGUAGCCUCCAUCCCCACCAAUCAGUGUGCACACAAAUUGUAUACAGUUUGAUGUCUCGUCCUAAUUUUUUUACUGAAUCGAGUCUUACGUAAAGCUCCGACCGUGAGGUGGUAGAUGUUAGGUCUCCAACAUUUGAGGAAUGUGUCAGGAUCAUGCGUUGAAGAUGGAUAUUUCAGCUCAAGAGGCAAUUGUACAUUUCUAGGAUGCAAAAGUGUGGAAUAAAGGCGGCAACGCUUGGGUGAUUUAGCUUGCUUUGAGAAGCUUAAUAAAGAUCAAAAGUGCAUGCUUUUUACCUUCAUGACCCCCCCCCCUCUGUCUUGCUCUUUACUUUUCAGUUCCGGAGUGAGCACAUUUUAUUUACCACGUAGAAAACAGACCUGGGACAUUUUUUAUAGGUGUUUGUACUGUAGUAUUUAAUCCUGCCUUUGAUUAAGAAUAUUUUGCCACUCUUUGUUUAGUAGUUGCAUCUGCACCCCCCCCAACCCUCGCACCCUCGCACCCCCCCUUAAUUUUGUGAUUGCUGUUCAUGAGUCCAGUAGUUGAAGCCUGUCAUGCCAUUUUUUCUUUUUUCUACCUGAAAAUGAAAUCUGAUUUUGACCAGUUACGCAAGCUUGUCUUGACUUUCUACAAUAAACACGGUUGUAUACACCUGUA